AUUGUAAAGAUAGCCCCCAUUGACAGACAGUUAUUUACUGCCCGAGCAACAUGCGAAGUUAAAAGAAAGUGAACAACAUAUGUAAGAAAAUUCAACCAUGUUGUCUCUGAUACUUUUGCGUUGGUUGGAUGUACAAUUGAAGCAAAUGUUAUUACACUUCUUACACUUUAGAGUGCACUGAUCUCAAGAAUGUUUUUUUUUUUAUAUUUGUGGUCCCGGUUGGGUUAAAGCAAAAUCUUAAACAUGAGCAAUAAGCAUCUUCAGGCUGGCGAGGGCGAGGAGUGAUGGAAAAUACUCAUGCCUCAGGCAUUACAGGGCCCCCGUUUGCUGAGAUGAAAGAUCUACCAAUAUCACUGAAUAAAAUAAGCAACAGGAUGAGCAGAGCCCAUGACCAUAACUGAGGAGGAGGCUGCUGAGCUGACACUUCAUGGCUGUAUAUAAGUAGCAGCCCUGGACCUCCACAUCAACUGAUAGGCUUCCAGCACAGCAUCCGCAGCUUCUACUGGACACUGUACCAUCUCUUUUUCUGGACGGAGCUGAGCCGACACUAAAGAGCCACCAUGAGUACCGACGCGGAGAUGGAGCAGUAUGGCGCUGCCGCCAUCUACCUCCGCAAGCCAGAAAAGGAGAGGAUUGCGGCACAGAGUGCCCCCUUUGAUGCCAAAUCCGCUGUCUUCGUUGUGGAUAAUGAUGAGAUGUACCUCAAGGGCAAACUCACCAAAAAGGAGGGGGGCAAAGCCACUGUUGAUACUGAUAGCGGAAAGAGUGUCACCGUCAAAGAGGAUGAUGUACACCCAAGAAAUCCUCCCAAGUUCGACAAAAUUGAGGACAUGGCCAUGAUGACCCACCUCAACGAACCUUGCGUGCUGUAUAACCUCAAAGAGCGUUAUGCAUCCUGGAUGAUCUACACCUACUCUGGCCUGUUCUGCGUCGUGGUGAACCCCUACAAGUGGCUUCCAGUGUACGACGCUGUGUGUGUUGGAGCAUACAGAGGAAAGAAGAGGAUUGAGGCUCCCCCCCACAUCUUCUCCAUCUCUGACAAUGCCUAUCAGUUCAUGCACACUGAUCGUGAGAACCAGUCUGUCCUGAUUACCGGAGAAUCCGGUGCUGGAAAGACUGUCAACACCAAGCGUGUCAUCCAGUACUUUGCAACAAUUGCAGCUAUUGGAUCAAAGAAGGCUGAGCCAGUACCUGGAAAGAUGCAGGGCUCCCUUGAGGACCAAAUUGUUGCUGCCAACCCUCUGCUGGAGGCUUAUGGCAACGCCAAGACUGUGAGGAAUGACAACUCAUCCCGCUUUGGUAAAUUCAUCAGAAUUCACUUUGGCUCGAGUGGCAAGCUGGCAUCAGCUGAUAUUGAAACGUAUCUGCUGGAGAAGUCCCGUGUCACCUUCCAGCUGUCGGCUGAGAGGAGCUACCACAUCUUCUACCAGCUGAUGACCGGGCACAAGCCUGAGCUGCUGGAGGCUCUUCUGAUCACCACCAACCCAUACGACUACCCAAUGAUCAGCCAGGGUGAGAUCACUGUCAAGAGCAUCAAUGACGUGGAGGAGUUCAUUGCCACUGAUACUGCGAUUGACAUCCUGGGAUUCAGUGGAGAAGAAAAAUCUGGCAUCUACAAGCUGACUGGAGCUGUGAUGCAUCACGGCAACAUGAAAUUCAAGCAGAAGCAGCGCGAGGAGCAGGCUGAGCCUGACGGCACUGAGGUGGCUGACAAGAUCGCCUACUUGUUGGGCCUGAACUCCGCUGACAUGCUGAAAUGUCUCUGUUACCCCAGAGUCAAAGUCGGUAAUGAGAUGGUGACUAAAGGUCAAACCGUCCCACAGGUCAACAACGCCGUCUCAGCUCUGUGCAAGUCAGUCUAUGAGAAAAUGUUCUUGUGGAUGGUCGUCCGUAUCAAUGAGAUGCUGGACACCAAGCAGCCCAGGCAGUACUUCAUUGGUGUGCUGGAUAUUGCCGGCUUUGAGAUCUUUGACUUCAACAGCUUGGAGCAGCUCUGCAUCAACUUCACCAAUGAGAAACUGCAACAGUUUUUCAACCAGCACAUGUUCGUCCUUGAGCAAGAGGAGUACAAGAAAGAGGGUAUUGAAUGGGAGUUCAUUGACUUCGGUAUGGACUUGGCAGCCUGCAUUGAGCUUAUUGAGAAGCCAAUGGGCAUCUUCUCCAUCCUUGAAGAGGAGUGCAUGUUCCCCAAAGCCUCUGAUACAACCUUCAAGAACAAGCUGCACGAUCAGCAUCUUGGCAAGACCAAGGCCUUUGAGAAGCCAAAGCCUGGAAAGGGCAAAGCCGAGGCUCACUUCUCUCUGGUUCACUAUGCUGGUACUGUGGACUACAAUAUCGCCGGCUGGUUGGACAAGAACAAGGACCCCCUGAACGACUCUGUGGUCCAGCUCUAUCAGAAGUCUGCGAACAAACUGCUCGCAUUCCUGUAUGCUACUCACGCUGGAGCUGAGGAGGCUGCUGGUGGUGGUGGUGGCAAGAAGGGCGGCAAGAAGAAGGGUGGUUCCUUCCAGACUGUGUCUGCUCUUUUCAGGGAGAACUUGGGCAAGCUGAUGACCAAUUUGAGGAGCACCCAUCCUCACUUUGUGCGUUGUCUGAUCCCCAAUGAAAGCAAGACUCCAGGUCUGAUGGAGAACUUCUUGGUCAUCCACCAGCUGAGGUGUAACGGUGUGCUGGAGGGUAUCAGAAUCUGCAGAAAGGGUUUCCCCAGCAGAAUCCUCUAUGGUGACUUCAAGCAGAGAUACAAAGUAUUGAAUGCCAGCGUCAUCCCAGAGGGACAGUUCAUUGACAACAAGAAAGCUUCUGAGAAGCUGCUGGGCUCCAUCGAUGUGGAUCAUACUCAGUAUAGGUUUGGGCACACAAAGGUGUUCUUCAAAGCUGGUCUGCUGGGUACCCUGGAGGAGAUGAGAGACGAGAAACUGGCAACUUUGGUGACCAUGACUCAGGCCCUCUGCAGAGGAUAUGUGAUGAGGAAAGAGUUUGUGAAGAUGAUGGAGAGGAGGGAAUCAAUCUAUAGUAUCCAGUACAACAUCCGCUCAUUCAUGAAUGUCAAAAACUGGCCCUGGUUGAAGCUCUACUUCAAGAUCAAACCUCUUCUGAAGAGCGCUGAGACUGAGAAGGAACUGCAGCAGAUGAAGGAGAACUAUGAUAAGAUGCAAUCAGACCUUGCUGCUGCUCUGGCCAAGAAGAAGGAACUUGAAGAGAAGAUGGUGUCUCUCCUGCAAGAGAAAAAUGACCUUCAACUGCAAGUGGCCGCUGAAGUGGAAAAUCUGGGAGACGCAGAGGAGAGGUGUGAGGGACUUAUCAAGAGCAAGAUCCAGCUUGAAGCCAAACUCAAAGAGACGACUGAGAGGCUGGAGGAUGAAGAGGAAAUCAAUGCAGAGCUGACAGCCAAGAAGAGGAAACUGGAGGAUGAAUGUUCUGAGCUGAAGAAGGACAUCGAUGAUCUUGAGCUCACCUUGGCCAAAGUGGAGAAGGAAAAACAUGCCACUGAGAAUAAGGUGAAAAACCUGACAGAGGAGAUGGCAUCUCAAGAUGAGUCUAUUGCCAAGUUGACUAAGGAGAAGAAAGCCCUCCAAGAGGCCCACCAGCAAACUCUGGAUGAUCUCCAAGCAGAGGAAGACAAAGUCAAUACUCUGACCAAGGCCAAGACCAAGCUGGAACAGCAAGUCGAUGAUCUUGAGGGAUCACUGGAACAAGAGAAGAAGCUCCGCAUGGACCUGGAGAGGGCCAAGAGGAAGCUUGAAGGAGAUCUGAAACUUGCUCAGGAAUCCAUAAUGGAUCUGGAGAAUGACAAACAGCAGUCUGAUGAGAAAAUCAAGAAGAAGGACUUUGAGAUAAGCCAGCUGCUCAGCAAGAUUGAGGAUGAACAGUCACUUGGUGCUCAGCUCCAGAAGAAGAUUAAGGAGCUCCAGGCUCGCAUUGAGGAGCUGGAGGAAGAGAUUGAGGCUGAGAGGGCCGCUCGUGCAAAGGUUGAGAAGCAGAGGGCCGACCUCUCCAGGGAGCUUGAGGAGAUCAGCGAGAGGCUGGAGGAAGCUGGUGGAGCAACAGCAGCUCAGAUUGAGAUGAACAAGAAGCGAGAGGCUGAGUUCCAGAAGCUUCGCCGUGACCUUGAGGAGUCCACUCUGCAGCAUGAAUCCACUGCCUCUGCACUCCGCAAGAAGCAGGCUGACAGCGUUGCAGAGUUGGGAGAGCAGAUCGACAACCUUCAGCGUGUCAAGCAGAAGCUGGAAAAAGAGAAGAGCGAGUACAAGAUGGAGAUUGAUGACCUCUCCAGCAACAUGGAGGCUGUCGCUAAAUCUAAGGGCAACCUGGAGAAAAUGUGCAGGACUCUUGAGGACCAACUCAGUGAGCUCAAGGCCAAGAAUGAUGAGAACGUUCGCCAGUUGAAUGACAUCAACGCCCAGAGAGCAAGACUUCAAACCGAGAACGGUGAAAUGUCCCGUCAACUUGAGGAGAAGGAAGCUCUUGUUUCACAGCUGACAAGAGGCAAACAGGCCUACACUCAGCAGAUUGAGGAGCUCAAGAGACAUGUUGAGGAGGAAGUCAAGGCCAAGAACGCCCUGGCCCACUCUGUCCAGUCGGCCCGCCAUGACUGCGAUCUGCUCAGAGAGCAGUUUGAGGAGGAGCAGGAAGCUAAAGCUGAGCUGCAGAGGGGAAUGUCCAAGGCCAACAGUGAGGUGGCUCAGUGGAGAACCAAAUAUGAGACUGAUGCUAUCCAGCGUACUGAGGAGCUGGAGGAGGCCAAGAAAAAGCUUGCUCAGCGUCUGCAGGAUGCUGAGGAGUCCAUCGAGGCUGUGAACUCCAAGUGUGCCUCUCUGGAGAAGACCAAGCAGAGACUGCAGGGUGAGGUGGAGGACCUGAUGAUUGAUGUUGAGAGAGCUAACUCCCUGGCUGCCAACCUUGACAAGAAACAGAGGAACUUUGACAAGGUCCUGGCAGAGUGGAAGCAGAAGUACGAGGAGGGCCAGGCCGAGCUGGAGGGAGCCCAGAAGGAGGCCCGCUCUCUGAGCACUGAACUGUUUAAGAUGAAGAACUCCUAUGAGGAGGCUCUGGACCAUCUUGAGACCAUGAAGAGGGAGAACAAGAACCUGCAGCAGGAGAUCUCUGACCUGACUGAACAGAUUGGUGAGACAGGAAAGAGCAUCCACGAGCUUGAGAAGGCCAAGAAGACUGUGGAGACUGAGAAGUCUGAAAUUCAGUCAGCUCUGGAGGAAGCAGAAGGCACACUGGAGCAUGAGGAGGCCAAGAUCCUCCGUGUUCAGCUUGAGCUCAACCAGAUCAAGGGUGAGGUUGACAGGAAGCUGGCUGAGAAGGACGAGGAGAUGGAGCAGAUCAAGAGGAACAGUCAGAGGGUGAUUGACUCCAUGCAGAGCACUCUGGAUUCUGAAGUUAGAAGCAGGAAUGAUGCCCUCAGAGUUAAGAAGAAGAUGGAGGGCGACCUGAAUGAGAUGGAGAUUCAGCUCAGCCACGCUAACAGGCAGGCUGCUGAGGCCCAGAAACAACUGAGGAAUGUCCAGGGCCAACUCAAGGACGCCCAACUUCACCUGGAUGAUGCAAUCAGAGGUCAGGAAGACAUGAAGGAGCAGGUUACCAUGGUUGAGCGCAGGAAUGGACUGAUGGUGGCUGAGAUUGAGGAGCUGAGAGCUGCUCUGGAGCAGACUGAGAGAGGCCGCAAAGUGGCAGAGCAGGAACUGGUGGACGCCAGCGAGCGUGUUGGCCUUCUUCACUCCCAGAACACCAGUCUACUGAACACCAAGAAGAAGCUGGAAUCUGACCUGGUGCAAGUUCAGGGUGAAGUAGAUGAUGCCGUUCAGGAAGCAAGAAAUGCUGAGGAGAAAGCCAAGAAGGCCAUUACUGAUGCUGCCAUGAUGGCUGAGGAGCUGAAGAAAGAACAGGACACCAGCGCUCACCUGGAGAGGAUGAAGAAGAACCUGGAGGUCACUGUCAAGGACCUGCAGCACCGUCUGGAUGAGGCUGAGAACCUGGCUAUGAAGGGUGGCAAGAAGCAGCUCCAGAAACUGGAGUCCAGAGUGCGUGAGCUGGAAACUGAAGUUGAGGGCGAGCAGAGACGCGGAGCUGAUGCUGUCAAAGGUGUCCGCAAAUAUGAGAGGAGAGUGAAGGAGCUCACCUACCAGACCGAGGAGGAUAAGAAGAAUGUGAUCAGACUUCAGGAUCUGGUAGAUAAACUGCAACUCAAAGUCAAGGCUUACAAGAGACAAGCUGAAGAGGCUGAGGAGCAGGCCAACAGCCACAUGUCAAGACUCAGGAAGGUCCAGCAUGAGAUGGAGGAGGCUCAGGAGCGCGCUGAUAUUGCUGAAUCUCAGGUCAACAAGAUGAGAGCCAAGAGCCGUGACAUUGGAAAGUCUGAGAGCGCUGAGUAGAAGACGUUCUGCAGUUUCAACAGCAUUCAUAAAAUAUGAACUGCGUGUUGACUAAUCUUCAGUGAAGGUUUCAAAUCAAUAAAAGUUCCAUCAU